AUUUUUAUUUUUUUUCUUUUUUAAGUUUUUUUAAAUCCAUCUCAGCCAAACACUGCUGGAAAAGAGAUUGUGUUUAAAUUACUUCAGCUAAUUCUUGCUGCUUCCGCUAAGAAGAAAAAUUGUUUGCCAUGGUGAAAGAAAAAGUGGCCCAUCCUCAGGAGCCCCACCACCCCUCUGAAAAGCCAGUCAUCCACUGCCACAAAUGUGGGGAGCCUUGUAAAGGUGAAGUGCUCCGAGUUCAAGCCAGACACUUCCACAUCAAAUGCUUCACCUGCAAAGUGUGUGGCUGUGACCUGGCACAAGGAGGCUUUUUUAUUAAGAAUGGAGAAUAUCUCUGCACCUUGGACUACCAGCGCAUGUACGGCACCCGCUGCAAUGGCUGCGGGGAGUUCGUGGAAGGAGAAGUAGUGACAGCUCUGGGGAAAACUUACCAUCCAAGCUGCUUUGCCUGUACUGUCUGCAAGCGUCCAUUUCCACCAGGAGAUCGAGUUACCUUUAAUGGAAGGGACUGUCUCUGUCAGAUGUGCGCUCAGCCGAUGUCCUCCAGCCCAAGAGAACUGUCUGCCUCAAGCAAUUGUGCUGGCUGUGGAAGAGACAUCAAAAAUGGACAAGCAUUGCUAGCCCUGGAUAAGCAGUGGCACCUGGGGUGCUUUAAGUGCAAGGCCUGUGGGAAGGUCCUAACUGGGGAAUACAUCAGCAAAGAUGGUGCUCCUUACUGUGAAAAGGACUACCAAGUUCUUUUUGGAGUCAAGUGUGAAGCAUGUCACCAGUUCAUUACUGGGAAAGUCCUAGAGGCAGGUGACAAGCAUUACCAUCCAAGCUGUGCACGAUGCAGCAGAUGCAACCAAAUGUUCACAGAAGGAGAAGAAAUGUAUCUGCAAGGUUCCACUGUCUGGCAUCCCGACUGUAAGCAAUCCACUAAGACUGAGGAGAAGCUCCGGCAUUCCUCAUCUGAGUUCUUUUAUCCAAAGAGUCUGGUUCUGCGCAGGCCACGCUCUGCAGAGCCUACAAGAACAUCAUCAGAAAGCAUUUAUUCCAGACCAGGUUCCAGUAUACCUGGCUCUCCAGGCCACACUAUCUAUGCAAAAGUAGACAAUGAAAUCCUUGAUUACAAGGAUUUAGCAGCCAUUCCCAAAGUCAAGGCCAUUUAUGACAUUGAACGUCCAGACCUAAUUACUUAUGAGCCAUUCUACACCUCCGCCUACGAGGACAGACAGGAGAGACAGAGUCUUGGAGAGUCUCCAAGGACUUUAUCACCCACCCCUUCUGCAGAAGGCUACCAGGACGUUCGGGACCGCAUGAUUCACCGGUCUACCAGCCAGGGCUCCAUUAACUCUCCCGUGUACAGCCGGCACAGCUACACCCCCACCAUGUCACGUUCCCCCCAGCACUUCCACAGACCUGGCAAUGAGCCGUCCAGCGGUCGGAACUCCCCUGUCCCCUAUCGGCCUGACAGUCGCCCUCUCACUCCAACUUACGCUCAGGCCCCUAAACAUUUCCAUGUUCCAGAUCAAGGUGUCAACAUUUACAGGAAACCACCCAUCUACAAACAGCACGAUGCAGCUGCCUUGGCAGCACAGAGCAAGUCCUCCGAGGAUAUCAUCAAGUCCUCCAAGUUCCCAGCAGCUCAUGCACCAGCACCCAACGAGAUACCAAAGAUUGAGACUGACCACUGGCCAGGCCCUCCCUCCCUGGCUGCCGUAGGAGCUGACAUGAGACGCAGAUCAAGUGGAAGGGAGGAAGAUGAUGAGGAGCUGCAGAGACGCCGGCAGCUGCAGGAGGAGCAGCUCAUGAAGCUCAACUCUGGUCUGGGACAGUUAAUAUUGAAGGAAGAGAUGGAAAAGGAGAGUCGCGGUAGGUCAGCCCUUUCUGCCAGUCGUUACGAUUCUCCAGCACAUGCUUCAGCCUCCAAAACCUCUUCUCUCCCUGGGUAUGGAAAAAAUGGACUUCACAGGCCGGUCUCUACGGAUUUUGGUCAGUACAACAGUUAUGGGGAUGUGAGUGGUGCUGUUAGAGAUUUCCAGUCCCUCCCGGAUGGUCAUGUCCCUGGAAUGAGAAUGGACAGAGGAGUGUCUAUGCCUAACAUGUUGGAGCCAAAGAUUUUUCCAUAUGAAAUACUCAUGGUGACCAACAGAGGGCGAAAUAAAAUACUAAAAGAUGUAGACAGAACCAGGCUGGAGCGUCACUUAGCACCUGAAGUUUUUCAAGAAAUAUUUGGCAUGACGAUACAGGAGUUUGACAAGUUACCUCUCUGGAGACGCAACGACAUGAAGAAAAAAGCAAAACUCUUUUAAUCUCCCUUUAAACAAACCAACCACAAAUGAUGCAUAGAAUAUUGUAUCACACAGUCCAAACUGUUUGGAAGCAACUACUUAUCCACCAAAAAAGGGAAAAUCAACAUAGUGGUACCUCUGCAGUUGAACAAGAUCAACAAUUGCCCUCCUGGAAUGCAGGGAGAAAAUAUCUGGGCUCAGAAACAGCAAUGAUAGUUUCCAGAGGUGUCAACCUGUUACUUGAUAUUGUACGAGACAGAAAACUGUUCUGUUCUUCUCCCUCAAUGAUAUUCCCUUUACUUCUCUCCACAAUAUGAUGGACUUUAUUGCUAGAGCCAGGAAGUGCCCUUAGGAUGCCUUGUAGACUAAAGUAGUUGUAACCACUCCAGGAACUGGAAGAGAAUAUAUACAUAUAUAAAUAUAUAUAUAUAUAUGUAUGCGUGUUUGCCUGUGUGCACACAUGUAUUUAUAUCUCUCCAUCUAUCUCUGUGUGUGUGUAUGUGUGUAUAUAUGUGUGUAUAUAUGGAGAGGGACAUAGGUGUGUAGUGAAGGAGCAGCCCCUUGUAACUUAUCCACAUGGUCACAUCAAGUCUUUCACCCAACAGUUUCUUACUUGGCACUCUUUUGACACAAUGUCUUCUUCAUGUAACACAACCUGUGGUGGUGGACACUCUGCUCACCUGCAGGACACCACUUGGAUUUCUGGAAAAUGGACUCCUUGUAAAUAUUUGCUAGGAUAUAAGAAGUGAAUUGCUGUGUGUGUGCUGUCAGUCUUCCCUCUUCCACACUUUCUGCUUGAAUUAAUAAGGCUGGAGCUUAACCAGCCCUUUGAAUAAUUUAAGAUCAUUCAGUAAUGGGAAUGAUGGAGAAGAGUCAGUUUUCUUGUAAUUUACUCCAGGAGGUGGGUGCAUGGGGGUGGGAGUGGCAGAGUGAAGAAAUGCUAUUUUAAGUGUGCCCUGGUUUGCACCCAGAGAUUUCAGGACGAACUCCCUGCUGGUAAUUGCUAGUACAGCUCAUCAGGCUGCAGUGGAGUUGUAGGAUUUUACAACGGCAGGGAGAAUGGUUCUCUGCAAGCUAACAUGCAGAUUCAUCCCUCUUAGGGAGGAAAUGUUUAUGAAUUAAAAGGUACCAUCAAGGUGCCAAGCUCUGCCAAUAGAGGCUUUUUGAUUAAACUGCAGUAGCUGUUGUCAAUAUGGCACAGUGCAUGGGGCCAAGCACUCAUUUUAGUUAAUGUAGGUUUUCACUUGUGCUUGGAAAAGAGGGCACAGACUUUUUUUUUUUUUUUUUUUUUUCCCUGUCUUGAAGCAUCAAAGCUCCAGCCUUGGUUAUUUUUAUUUCCCUUUGUGCCUGACUUGGUUUUUGAAGACAGAGUAAUCAUGCAAGACAGUUUCUGAGCUGCGUUGAACUCCUUAUUGCUUUCAGUCUUUCUUCCAAUAUGCUGCAGCUUGAAAAACUGCCUGUAUAUACCUUAACUGCUUCUGGGCAAGUCCUAUGCAGAGGAGGACGUGAGCACCAAAGUAAUUGAAUGGAUGCAGUGUGGCUGCUUUUUCUCUUCCUUGGUGCUUAACUGCCAAUGCAUAACUGCACUAAUGAGCCUGCCUCCUGACAGGAGAGGGUCACAGGUUCUGUGUCUGUCAAAGCAUAUCAAGGUUUCCUUUUUAAUGCAGAAACUCCAGGCACUGGAGACAUCAGAACCUUUGUAUUUUCUUUUCUAUGAGACAUUGGUGUUAAAAUCUGGAAGUCAGGAAGAGGAAACAGUCCCACGUAGUUCUGAGAUUCAGUAUCACUGUGUUGAGUUCUCUGUAUCACCAAAUGACAUUUCACCAUCAGCUGUGCAGGACAGCCCAAACCCUGCCUCUUCUUUGCUGGUUUAGGAGGUCCGGUUGUGACAGAGCACUGUGGUUCCUUUGAUACAGUCUGAGAUGAAGAUUCAGUAGGGGAGAGACAGAGACCAGGGCUCAGCACCUGCUCCAUGUCCCUGAGGGAAUGUGGGUCUGUGGGACAGGCUGGAAAACAUGCCACCAAGGGUCUGGCACCAUCCCCAGGGAACAGAAGUCCCUGGGACACUGUGACACACACACUUGUGAGUGAGCUCUCUGGGUGGCACUGAGGUUGCAGCAGGGAUCAGGGUAACAUAUUUCAUGUUUCAUAUUUCAUAUUUCUGUAGUUUUUCAGAACACAGAUCUGAAAGGUUUUUAGAGGAGCUCUGAGAAGUAAAUGGGAGUGUCAGGGGCUCAAAAUGCAUUUUUGAGUGAGUGCUGAAAGCAAAUCCAUACAGUGAAA